GUAGAGCCAGGAGUUAUCCGGGUCAGUCCAAUAGCACAGGAGCUCCGGCAAAAAGGACCAAUCUGGUGGCAUCCAAGGUCCACUGGAGCCAAGUAGACGCUCUUGAGUUCAUUAAAGCUCAGGACCAGGAGGCUCUCGGAAGUUGCAGCCAGGACAGCGUCAGGAAAUGGCUCAUCACCACUGUGACUGAAGAGGAUGCAAAGCGGGUGGUGGUGUGUGAAGCUGCAGAGCCUUUGAAGAGAAACUCCGGCAGUGAGGAUGACUUGGCGUUGGGUGUAGAAGCGUCUCUAUAUGGUAACCAGAGGGCGAGGUCAGUGCAGGAGUUUCUACGGUGGAGCAGGUCAAGUUCAACCCUCACCAGGUGGAGCAGCUUCAGCUCAGCAACGUCAGGUCCCUCCAAACCACCCAGUGUGAUGGACAUACUCAACCUGUGGAAGGAUGACCCAGAGGAGGUCCUCUUGGACCUGGGCUUUGGCUGUGACGAACCAGACCUUUCAGGACGCAUACCGGCUCGCUUCAUCAAUCAUCAGUCUCAGGCAAGAGGAAUGAACCUCAAGGUUUUUCUGGAAGCCCAGAAGAACCGGCUGGACCUGGAGAACCCAGAUGUCAGCAAUCGUUUUAGACAGCUGGAGGUUCUCCAGCAAGUAACUACAGCGUUCUCAUCCUUGGUGAGGUCUCCCUUCUCCGCACCCCUGGGAAAAGCUCUGCCUCCUGAGGUCCAGGAGAGGAGGAGGCGCAUGGGCCUCCUAUUCAGAAGAGCAUCAAAGAAGUCACUCAGCCAAAUCCAAAUGCAUAAUCAUAAAACCCCGGACCUAAGCACAGCCGCUGCCGCAUCUUCUUCCAGUGCUGCACCUGAGGCACUGCAACCUCCAUUCAGCCUUGGAGACAAGGACAUCCCCUCAAAAAAACUCCGACCUGGACUUCUGGAGACUGUGUGUCUGAGUCCUCUGGCAGAGGAGACUGGUCAAGACCCUCAGGCCGAGCCUAACGUGGCCCCUGUGAUAGCCCAGGAGGGAGCACUCAGACACUGGGCCCUGACAGGGGGGGGUCACCCCCUGACGCCCCAAACCAUGUUACUUAGAAAGAAGAGCCCAGCGCAGGCCGGGGAAUCAUUUGAAAUUGAAGAGAUCCACAGUUUUGAUGAAAGUUAUGUCACAGGCUACACAGGAGGAGCAGAACAUUUAGUGCAGGGUGUCCUACGGAGCAACAGCUGCCAGUCAGACAGCAGUGGCUUCCUUGAGGAGCCAUUCAUCCCCCUUCUUAUUAAGCAGGCCUCCCCAGGAGCUGACCUCAUCAAGGCUCUGUCCGGCCUUUCCGGGGGCACCGACAGCCAGAGCAGUGAGAGGGCGGAAUCGCCCCCCCCUCCGCCCCCCUGUACUCCUGCCACCUUGUCUGCUGUUAACAAACCUCUCCUCGUCUCACCCAGUCUUUCACCAAAGCCUUCAUUAGUCUUUGACUCUCCCCCAUGUCCAUUGUCCUUGUGUCUCCCAAACUCUGACCAGCACAAUUCAGAGAAGGAAACACAAUCAGAACAGGAUCAGUCUCUCCUCCCUUCACUCUCUACGUCGGUGUGUGAGUACUCUCAAGAGCUCACAAUGCCUUCUCCUUCUGUCCUGACUGAGGAAAAGGAGACUCCGUCCUCCCACUCCUCUGCUCUACUGCACGUUUCUGAAGGCCCAGCAUGCUCUCCCUGUCCAAGUGCUGCUCAUCUGGCCUCAUGUCCUUUUCCUUCUCCAAAUUUGGAUCGUAUGUUUUCUCUGUCGACUGUUACGUCUUGCUCACAGCCGGCCUCCUCUUCCGGGAGUCCAGGCGACCCUCAGUCAGAACAGACGGGAGUGGCUUUGCACAGAAACUCAUCAUCAUCUCAGCUUCACCCAUCUGUCCCCCAUGAUUUUCAUUGUCCCACCACACUAAAAGAGUCCCUCUCGCAGGAUACGGAAAACCAUCAUAAGGACUCUGUGUUGGAAGACUCAGAUGGAAUAAGCCUCUCCGAUCCGUUCACCAGUUCACAGAAGGAUGGGGAAGAAACACCCUCUCUCUCAUUUCAGUUGGAACAGGACAACGUCUUAGCUUCGUCCUCUCUCAUUCUGGUGUCCUCUGAGGAGCGUUGUCCCAAACUGCCCCACCUUCUUCCUAACCCUUCCUUUCCAGUUGGUCCUUGUGCCUUGCAGUCUUAUUUACGUGAUCCAGAGGGUCUGAUCGAUCCAGCUGGUGCUGGAAUUCCAGACCUUUUAGAGCAGUCCAUCUGCCGACAUGACAAUACGAUAGAGCCUGCUCCGGCUCCUCAAGCCCAAGAUAUUAUUCAUGUUAAGAUGAAUCACUUCUUCUUGGACUUUGAAGAGACCAACCAGAGGUUUGGAAAGGGAGCAGCAUGGGAUGAACGACACACUGACACUGUGCAGACUCAAAAGAAUGUUGUUUACAUCUCAGACACAGAGAGUUCUGCAGGCCUGUCAGAAGGUUGUAGAGUAGUCUCUGAGGAAGAAUGUAACAAAACAAAAAUAGAUCCACAGCUCCUGUCAACUGGAACCCAACCGGAACAUUGUCAGGGAGGAGGUAAUGGUUCGGAAAACAAAUCCCUCAGCGGUUCUUUGAUUUUACAUAAUAGCGUGCAAGAGACUAACAGAAGAGCUGAAGUUCAACCAAAAGAUCUAAUCAAGAUCGAGAGCUUAGAGGAGAUAUUCCAAACCUCUGUGGAUAGCUCUGACGGCGACACUGGAGACGUGGAGGCCUUUUUUGAGCAGCUUGAUACUGAAGGGCGAGCAUAUUGGGCAGAACCCAUCCAGGUUUCAAAUCCGAGCCCUGUACUCGAAGAGUCAGUCAGCAUCGAUAGCUCAGGCGGGUCUCAUGGGAAUUCUCAGUGGCCUAGUGGCCCGGCUCUUCCGGACCUAUUGCCGUCCACCAGAAGAGCUGUGCUCUAUACUCCGUCAUCCUCAACAACAAUGUGCACUGACCAGAUAUCAAGAAAUAAAACAGCGUCCUCCUCCGUGGCCCCGGCUCCAUUCUCAUCCCCCUCCUUCAAGACAUCAAGCCGCUCUGUUUCUGUCCAGAUGUCUUCAUCCCCAUCGUCUCAUAUAGUCCAGCGGAAGGAUGUUCCCUAUAUAACAGACUCCAAGCGCACCCUUCAGUCCAGUUUUCUGUCUUUGGACACUUCCACCCCUUUCCGUGCUGUGCAGUCAUGGACUGACCUCCAGAUUCAACGAAGUCCUCUCACCAACAACCUAUCACAGUGGGCCCUUCAUACUUCCCCACAGGAUGAGACGUUAUGCACUAGUGCCAGAGAAACACAUGACUGUUACCCUGAGAAGACUCAACAUCCCCACACUACGUCGCUCUCUGUGGACAAAGGGCUGUGGCUUGAGGAGGAGGAGGUGGACAGGAAUGGAUAUGAAGAAGAGGGCAAGCAUUGGCGGGAGGAUCGCAGGGCCGCCAUGUCAUGUUGCUGCUCCUGUGACCAUCAGUGUAACUGCCCAACUCAGAAGAGAGACAACAUUCCUUUCUCCCUGGAUGAGCUGGAGGAGAUGAUGCUGUGUCUGCAGCACUUCUGCUCUGUUCUCAGCGACAUGGAGGAGCAGCUCUCUGAGGACCAGGCGGCGGUUUACGGCGCCCUCUCUGACCCGGACAGGGAGAUGGUCCAGGACAUCGAAGAGCUGAGGCGGGCGGUGAAGCAGGAGGCUGGAGAGCUGGAGAUGCAGUUGAAUGAACUGGCCGAUCAUUAUGAUGACAACUUGAAAAGGAAGAUGCACAGACUGUUGGAUGAGCAGUCUCUCCUCUGCUCUCAACUCAAAGUCUCUCUACCGGGGGCGGGGCCCACAUCGUCAAGGCCCGCCCCCAAGUGGACAGCUGCCACUCAGAGCUGUCCCCUGGAGGAGCGGCACGGCCCCCCCUGCGCCUGGAGGGGCUGGGACGUGAGCCCCCUGCACCAGUCCCUGGCGGAAUCAAAGGAGGACCAGCUGGACAUGAUGGACAUGAUGGGUGUCCUCCAGAGAGUAAGGACACUAUUUCAGGAGUAGAGAGGGGGGACAUUUGAAGUUAUUCUGUGGGUGGUGUUCAAAUUCAAAUCGGUUCAGUCAGUGAUGUCAUCAAAGAAACAAUACUGAAUUCUCCUCCUCUUCUGCAAACAUCAAAGAUGGGUUGUUUCUUUAAAGCACGUGUUGCUUGGACAGAUUUGUGUUGGGAUCUUAUUAUCUGAGCCUUCACUUCACAACAAACACUCAAACCUCUACGUUACAUCCUGUAAGAGCAAAGGCACCAGAUGGCACCUACUGGAUACCACACACAGGUCUUGUACCUUCUAACUGGCAUGUGACCUGUUUUACAGUUAAAGGAGUCUUUGCAUCAUUCUGUGAACACAGACUAGAAAUAAAAGGUGAGUUUUUAUAUGAAUUAAUGAUCACUGUUUACUAUUCAGUCUCCUGCUAGUUUAAUACAAACAUAAAGGUAAUAACUCUGCCUCCAAACUCAAAGAGUCUAAAAAGAAGAAGGCAUUGCAAAGGGUCCUCCCACCUGAUGCAUGUAUGUGUAACACUGGGCUAAGAGGGGGGGCCUGCACCAUCUCUACUGGGAGGUCAUACGGUUCUUAAAGGCUGGAACAUGCUUCUGCACCUGGGCGUUUCAAUUCAUGGUUCAAAAAGGCUCAAAAACUUCAAUUGGAUUCAUUCUCUCUCGAAAAAUCUUCGUGGCGGAAUUAUGCUAUGAAACCGGAAAUGUGAGACUCCAGAAAGGAUGCAGUUAGCAGACCAAUCACAGCCUUGCGGGCUGCAUGAGCUUGCAAAGCCAAAGCUUUUGAAUUAAGUUUAGAAAAAUGGGUCGACGCACGCAUGAGGCUCUGUGUGUGUGUCCUUGAGUUUCUCUGAAAACGCAGAAGCAUAAACUAGGCUUUAGGUGAUGUUUCCCCGGGUGGCGUUGUUGGUCCUUUUCCUCCCUAAAGAGGAAUUGAAUUGUAUCAUCUCUACAUCAGUUUGAAUGUAACUAUAGUUGAAAUGUGUCAAGAAGCAGCAGGUUGUUUCCAUCAUGUGUGAUUCAUUCAUUACAUGCAUGUAUCAUUCUGUGUUUCAGGCAUCUGAUGAAGAAGAAAAUGACUUCUCUUGUAGCACACAGUUCUGGUAUCAAUGUCCCCUGAGAAAGGGACUAUUCAUCAUUUUUAAACUAACAAGGUUAUUAUGCAUGUGUGUAUUUAAAUUGUCCUCAGCCCAAUCUCCUGGUAAUGAUGUUGGUGUUUUCCAUAUGUAUGUCUAUAAAUGAGGGCUUUAACGAGGAGACAGCUGCUCAUGUGAUACUGAAAGUAAAAGUAACCUCGUGUUUCCACCAGUGUGAUGGACCUGAAACCAAUGUGUGGGUGGGCUGAUGCUUAUUUACAAGGUAGAUCCAUAUAACAGUAAGAUGAGUCCAUGAAGACUACCAUGCCACUAAAAUAAACACUUCUCUAUGGUUAUGACCUCUGGGUGUUUUAUCGUCUAAUACACACACACACACACACACACACAC